GCGACACCUCAAAGCAUAGGUGCAUAGUCCAAUGUCACAGUUGACACAGUAGUUCCUGUCCGGAACAAAGCCGACAUUUCUGCCUCCUGCCGCUAGGGCUCUCCAAAAUGGCAUGUCGUUGAUUCUGCAGAGCACACCUCAAUACAACAGGUGGUCUCACUGCAGCUCUGCUCCUAGGUAACAAAUACUCCUUUGGCUACUCUGGUCUGGAAGGAGCAGCUGAGCAACACAAUUCACAAAACAGAGUCACAAUGGUCAUAAGCCGCAGCUUCAUUCUAACCCUGGGGACUGGAAUGUUCUGCGGUUUCUUCUCCUUCUAUCUCUUAAACACCACUGUAACUCUGCACCCUCGCUACAUAGAGGGCAUUAGUCCUCCUCACAGUGUAGAAAACCAUGCACACAACCACGAGGAACUGGAAAAUGCUGCUGGGCCGCUGGGGAGCGUAUCCAUGCACUCAAGUCACGAAGCUCACCAUGCAGGUGAGAGUGUGGAGGCAGAGCAACUCAAGGGAAAAGUUCGCGUUCUGUGCUGGGUGAUGACCAACCCAAAGAACCACGAGAAGAAAGCACGCCACAUUAAAGCAACCUGGGCUCGGAGGUGUAACAAAUUACUGUUCAUUAGUUCAGAAGAAGACAAAGAACUAGGAGCUGUAGCAUUAGAAGUUGGUGAAGGCCGCGAUCACCUGUGGGAAAAGACGAAAGCUGCCUUUGUUUAUGUUUACAAUAAUCAUUACAAAGAUGCUGACUGGUUCUUGAAGGCAGAUGAUGACACAUAUGUUAUUGUGGAGAACCUCCGCUAUAUGUUGAGUCCUUAUGAUGCAGACGAUCCCAUGUGGUUUGGCUGUCGCUUCAAGAAGUAUGUCAAGCAAGGAUAUAUGAGUGGAGGUGCUGGCUAUGUCUUGAGUCGGGAGGCUCUGCGUAAAUUUGUGGAAGAAGCGAUUCCAAAUCCCAAGAAGUGUAGACAGGACGCUGGAGGAGCAGAGGAUGUAGAAAUUGGAAAGUGUAUGCAGAAUAUUGGAGUCCGGGCAGGUGACUCCCGAGAUAGUUUAGGACGAGGGCGAUUCUUCCCAUUUGUGCCAGAACAUCAUUUAGUUCCUGGACAUAUAGGACCACAGAACUGGUACUGGGAUUGGAUAUACUACCCCAACAAAGUUGGUCUAGAAUGCUGCUCAGACACUGCUGUGUCUUUCCACUAUGUGCCACCCAAUAAGAUGUAUGAACUAGAGUAUCUUUUGUAUCAUCUGAGACCAUAUGGCAUCAACCACAUGGAUCCCUUCCCACCACCGCUUCCGCCUGAUGUCAACAGCAUUCCACAAAAGGUUAUUGACAAGUAUAAAGAAUCAGCUGUUGAAGCAAAACCCACUUCUGGAGGCAGCCAUGCUCCAGAAACCAAACAGAGUAAUAUCAAACAAGCAGAGCAAGGGCCAAGUGUUAAGGAAAGCCCAGCAGCAGCAAAAGAAGCAGAAAAGGUUCAAGUUGGAAUAUAGAAUGAUAAUUCUUUUGAUCUUAUUUUCUUCUUUUCCAUAGAGGAGAAAAGGUACCUGUAAGAGGCCAAGUCUGAUGAUGUUGGCAGUUACAAAUGUGCAAAUAGAACAUGACAAAGUUAUUCCUUUGACCAAACAUAGCUUUAAGUUCUAAUAGCCAUGUAGUUUUCAUUAUACAGGGUGAAUUUUUCUUUUCUCUUUUCUUUUCUUUUCCUUUUUUAGUGUCAUAUAGACACACUGUCAGUAAUAUUUGGAUUUUAUAUUUAAAUUACUAACAAGUUUGUUUUUAUGCAUACAUUUCUGUGUGUGUGUGUGUGUGUGUGUGUGUGUGUGUGUGUGUGUGUGUGUGUGUGUGUGUGUGUGUGUGUGUGUGUGUGUGUGUGUGUGUGUGUGUGUGUGUGUGACUCGUUCCAAAGCAGAACUUCUUUAGAAAGUCUCUAAUCAUUCCUUGUCAUAGACAUGAAUCUGUUUCUCAGUCUUCAGGUUGGCCUGGGUGCAUGAGUUUACUACUUCCCUACCCAUUUCAGAGGUUUGCUAUAUUUAUCCACGAGUAUGGAUUUAUAAUAAUGAACCAUUAUUUAGCUAUACUACCUGUUGAAUAUCCUAUACUCUCCAAUCUAGAACUAUAUAAAAAAAAAUAACUUUAAACAUGAUUACUCUGUGACUUCCAGGCCUACCUGAAUGCCAGUUUGUGAGAGCUGGCUUAACCCAGUAAUAGUAAGCAAAAUUUUAAAUAAAGUUGAGUGAGGCUGAACGUUUCUUAAUGCUCACAGUUCUGCCUCCACGGUUUUCUGGCUCAUAUUAACGUAUGUGAAAUGUUAUCCUGACAGAUGUGAAAAGAUAUUAAGUUGCCUAUCACCAGUGGGUUAAGGGGGCUAUCUUGUUGAGAUGGCAUAAAGCUGGGAUUUAAGCAUACAUUACUUUGUGUUACUUUUAUA